AUGCCAAAAGAGAAGAACCGAAUGUCACCUGGACAACUGUUCAAGGUGUAUCGACAAGUGGAACGAAUUACUCAACAAUGUUUGGCUGGGAAGGGCAAUAUUCAGACAUUAACAUUUAAUAAUUCUGCAAUUAUUCAGAAAGGAAUGACAUUUGCAUUGGGAAUUGAAGUACUCAAAUACCAUAACAUUAUUGAUACAAUUAUUAACAGAAGUGGUUUGUUUAAAAAGAAACCAAGCUUGAAGAAGGAUCACGGAAUGCUCCGAAUUAUUGUUUAUGAAGCAUUAUUUGGAGAGAAGAGUGGUGAUGACACAAUUCAAGAACUUUGGAAAAGAUAUGAAAAAAUCAAUUAUGAAUUAUUCAAGUUAGGAAAAUUGGAAUAUAAAAAUUGGAAAACAAUUUUACAUAACGAAAAAACACGACUUGGUUAUACAGACAAUGAGAGUUUUGUGGAUUCAAAAUAUGCCAAGUCCAAGACUCACCAACAUGAUAAUCCAGAGAUUGAUCUUAUCAGAUAUGUCAGAAUUAAUACAUUGAAAACAACAAAACAAAAUGUAAUUCGAAAGUUUCAAGAGUUGGGCUAUUCCUACAUGAACUAUUCUGAUGCAUCAGAAAGAGAUGCAUUUAAUCCUCAGAACAAGACUAUAGUUGAAGACAAUCAUUUGCCAGAUUUAUUGGCGCUGUAUCCAUCGAAUUCUCAUUUGCAUGAUAUGGAAAUGAUCAAAUCUUAUGAAAUUAUUGCUCAUGACAAAUCAUCUUGUUUCCCACCAUUUCUUAUUUACAAGGAACUAUCCGGAAAGCUUGGAAAAUCUGAUUGUCUCAUUGAUGCCUGCUCCGCACCAGGUAAUAAGACUAGCUACUUGGCAGCUCUAUUUUCAAAAAACAAAAUUUAUGCCUUCGAAAGAGACACAGCAAGGUUUGAAACUCUCAGUAAUAGAAUGAUGCUUUCAGGGGCUAAAAAUGUCGAGUGUAAAUUGGAAGAUUUUCUAAAGACAGAUCCUAACGAUCCAAAAUUCAAGAACGUUAAGGCCAUCAUGUUAGAUCCCUCGUGCUCAGGAAGUGGAAUAGGUCAUGGUAGUUCCAUACAAAAGGAUCGACUCUUAAGGUUACAGCAAGUACAGCUCAAAUUGUUGACACACUGCUUUAAAUUUCCAAAUGUUCAAGUCAUUUCUUAUUCGACAUGUUCUGUGUGUGAAGAAGAAAAUGAAAAGGUUACAGAGAUGGGUCUGGAGGCAUCGAAUGGAGCAUUUGAGGUUGUCCACACUUUUCCUGAAUGGCCUCAUAGAGGUUUAGAGUCAUCACCGGUUGGAGAGCAUUGUGUUCGUGUUGAUCCCAAAAGAGAUCGAACAAACGGGUUUUUCGUGGUUUGUUUUAGGAGAAAAUAG